GGCGCACGGGAGGAAGGAGGAAGCCGCCAUCUUGGAGCGUCGAGUCGCCAUAACAAGGCACCGGGGGAGCGAGAGGAUUUUGUACCUGGGCGAGGGGGAGCGCGGCUGGUGGCGAUUGAAGCAAGUGAAUUCUGAUAUAAAUCAACUUCAAUAGAGGGCUUUUUUUAAAAAAAAGUUGUUCCACAGUGCAUCAGAGCAAGUUACUGCUUUACUUUUGAGUGACUUACAGGUGCUUGCCUGCAUUGCAAUAAAGGACUCAUAUAUUGAGCAAGACUUAUUUAUCUCUUCAUUUUGGAGAGUCUAAUAAACUGUUAUUACAGUUUCUGUACUGACUUUCAAAGUUUUGAAGUCUAAAAAGACAUCUUUAAAGAUAAAAGCAUGAGCACGGCCAGAACAGAGAACCCUGUUAUAAUGGGUCUAUCCAGUCAGAAUGGGCAGUUGAGAGGCCCUGUAAAACCCAGCGGGGGCCCAGGAGGUGGAGGCACACAAACUCAGCAACAGAUGAACCAGCUGAAAAAUGCCAACACAAUCAAUAAUGGCACUCAACAGCAAGCACAGAGUAUGACCACCACUAUUAAACCUGGUGAUGACUGGAAGAAGACUUUAAAACUCCCUCCAAAGGAUUUGAGAAUCAAAACUUCGGACGUGACCUCCACAAAAGGAAAUGAGUUUGAAGAUUACUGUUUGAAACGGGAGUUGCUGAUGGGAAUUUUUGAAAUGGGCUGGGAAAAACCAUCUCCUAUUCAGGAGGAGAGCAUCCCCAUUGCUUUAUCUGGUAGGGAUAUCUUGGCAAGAGCAAAAAAUGGAACAGGCAAGAGUGGAGCCUACCUCAUUCCUUUACUUGAACGGCUAGACUUAAAGAAGGACAAUAUACAAGCAAUGGUGAUUGUUCCCACCCGUGAGCUAGCCCUGCAGGUCAGUCAAAUCUGUAUCCAAGUCAGCAAACACAUGGGAGGUGCCAAAGUGAUGGCAACAACCGGAGGAACCAAUUUGCGAGAUGACAUUAUGAGACUUGAUGAUACAGUGCAUGUGGUGAUAGCUACCCCUGGGAGAAUUCUUGAUCUCAUCAAGAAAGGAGUAGCAAAAGUUGAGCAUGUCCAGAUGAUAGUAUUGGAUGAGGCAGAUAAGUUGCUGUCUCAAGAUUUUGUUCAAAUAAUGGAAGACAUUAUUCUCACGCUACCUAAAAACAGACAGAUUUUGCUCUACUCAGCCACUUUUCCUUUGAGUGUGCAGAAGUUCAUGAAUUCCCAUUUACAGAAACCCUACGAAAUUAAUCUGAUGGAGGAGCUGACCUUGAAGGGAGUUACUCAGUACUAUGCCUAUGUCACUGAGCGUCAGAAAGUGCACUGCCUCAAUACACUCUUUUCCAGGCUCCAGAUUAACCAGUCGAUCAUUUUCUGCAACUCCUCUCAACGGGUUGAAUUGCUAGCCAAAAAGAUCUCCCAGCUGGGCUAUUCCUGCUUCUAUAUCCAUGCUAAAAUGAGGCAGGAGCACCGCAAUCGUGUAUUCCAUGACUUCCGAAAUGGCUUGUGCCGCAAUCUCGUUUGCACUGAUCUGUUUACCCGAGGUAUUGAUAUCCAGGCUGUGAAUGUGGUGAUAAACUUUGAUUUCCCAAAGCUGGCAGAAACUUAUCUCCAUCGCAUUGGCAGAUCAGGUCGCUUUGGUCAUCUUGGCCUGGCCAUCAACUUGAUCACCUAUGAUGAUCGAUUCAACCUGAAAAGUAUUGAGGAGCAGUUGGGAACUGAAAUUAAACCCAUACCAAGCAACAUUGACAAGAGCUUGUAUGUGGCAGAAUACCACAGUGAACCUGUAGAAGAUGAGAAACAGUAAACGUGUAGGCUUUGAUUACACAUGCCAGAAGGUGAAGCCCUAUGAUCCAGAUCUGUGACACAUCGUUUCUUUGGGGAUACCCUUCUCUUUGUGGGUUUUUCUUCAUCUUUUCAUUUUGGAACUAUGAAGACUAAAGAGCUCGGCCUUUUUUUCUCUUUAAAUUUGGAAGCAAGGAAGAAAGAAGAUAAAAGGAGAAAUGUCUUUUUGUUUUUCCACUUGUUUGCACUGUGUGCUGAUUGAACAUUAGUUGCACUAACUGCUGGUUUUAAAUUUUGUUCUUUGGGCGGGAGGGACAGCAAGGGAAGAAGAGAAACCCUGGAAAGAGAAGAAUCUUGAUGAACACGAGCUUGUCUGCUAUUUCAAAUUCUUUAACCAUUGACUGAGUGCAUUUCAACUUCUCCCUGGUUACUCAUCUGUUUUUUAAGCUGAAGAGCUUGUUACUUAUUCGUGCAAAGUGCCUUAUGCUAUGAGACCAUUCAGAAUAUCACCUUUCUGACACAGCCCACGGAAUCAACAUCUGUUUUUGGUUUCAGGUCAAAGUUCCCCUCUCUUCCCCUUCUCCUCCUUCCCAUGUACUCAAGCCUAGGGCUGGGAGGUGAAAUGUGUUGGUUAUUGAUAAUACUACUUUUUUCUUCAACUUACCUUUUUUUUUUUUUUUUUUACGUAGUUUUAAUUUUUUUUUAUUGGAGGAGUUGAUAUGCAUCUGCAGUUCACCCAAACUGUAAAUAUCUGUAUUUAAAAUGAAAACAACAUAAAAUCUGGGCUGAUUAGGUGCAGCAUCAUAGCUCCAGAAGGAAAGAGUAGCCUGUGAUCCUUUGCAGGAGCCAUAAGAAAAGCCCUGUGCUCUAGCAGAACACUAAAGACUGGUUUCCAUAAGUCUUCAUUAGUAGUUACAGCACUUGAUAGGUAGACUUGUUUCAGAGCCAUGGCCCUCUUUCUUCUGGUGCAGUGUGUCCCAUAGAAAAUCAGAUGUGUAUAUUGUACAAACUUUGUAAAUAUGUUUGGUUUUUUUUCUUUUUGGGUUCAUAUAUAACUUUUUUGUUUAUGAUGAAGGUUGCUGAGGUUAAAGGGAUUAGACUGAUUAUGGGAGCAGCUAAAGAUGAGAGGGGCUCAGUUUCCUGCAACACUUAAACAAUGAGAAGUGCUCUGACCUCUGAACUGCAGGCCACUACAGGUGUCCCUUGUCAGGGUGGAUUUGCUCUGGUGGGAGCAACAGUCCUGUACUGCUCGUAUGGAAGAGAUCACUUGUGGGGCUCCAAGGCCUCCAAAUCCACAGCUCAGCUUUUUGGGAGAUGCUCUUUGAUUUUCCCCUUAGAAACUUGAGGAACUUGACAAGCUCUGAAGGAGUCCAUGACCUGUGUUCCACCGUGGUGUGAGGGAAAUCCAGUGGGUGUCGCUGAGCAGUAUAUACGUAAGGUGUGGAUUUGGGUUUGAGAGACCAUAAAAAAAAAAAUUUACGUACAUCAGUUGACAGUUCUGGAGCUUUGUGGAAUUGAUUAACUUCUUGUAGCACUGUUUUCUGCCUGGAGUGGCCUCUGUGCAGAACUGUGGGCAGGUGAGGGCAAACACCUAUUAACAUCAGAAGCUGCAGGAAGCUGCUUGCCAUCUACUCUGGUUUGCCAUGAGUUGCUAUUUGCAUUUUGCAUUGUAUAUGGCUGAAAAGUGCUUUCUGGUCAAGUAGUGUUGCUUUAAAUUGUGCCCCUCCCAACAUGCUUGAUGUUUGGCCUGAUCUACAGGCAAAAGGAGUGAGACAAAUCAAAAAAUUACUUUUUUAAAAUCCCUUUGAGCCUGUUAACCACCACUGUCAGGAGGCACCUGGGUGAAUGCAGUCCCUUUUGCUCAGUCAUUUAUUGCAUAUACAGAUGCUGCACUCACACCAUGCUUGCUUACCUUUGAGGCAGAAUUUAAUUGUCUUAAUUUCUCCCCAUUUUAACCCUUUUUUUGAAUUGGAGUAAAAUAGUUUGGAAUCACAAGGUGGACUAGCCAUCCCUUUCCUUGAUGAUCAUAAAUAGAAGCUAGGUGCCUCCUGACAACAACUUUACAAGAUUGAAAGGUUUUUGUGUUCGGGAUAUUUUUCUUCUUUUUGUCAGCAGUGACUCCAUAAUUGUAGCAAAUGCUGCACUAGAGUACAAACUCAAGAGCUUGGUCUCUGUGAGCCACAUAGCUUACAUCUGACUGGCAGGUACUAAAUGUAAACAAUUUUGGGGUGC